UCCAAGAUCACGUGAUGCCGUUAAGUUAUCCAUUAUGGCGGCGUUUGUAGCGUUUUGAUAUUUUUGCAAAUUUAUUUUGAAUAAAUCGACAAAUUCUGGAUAUAAUAUUGUUCUCGUCAAUUGAGGAAGAGAUUGAUCAUGCCUCCAAAGAGGAAGCGAAGUUUGGCUCCAGGAUCUGAUGGUAGAAUAGAUGAACGAGAAGAGUCGCCUGCUCCUCAAGUAAAACGCAGAAAAAAAGCUCUUCAUUACGAUCCCGUUGAAAUCUGUCAAGAGUUAUACGACACAAUCAGAAACCAUAAAACAGAAGAUGGCCGCUUACUGUGUGAAGCAUUUAUUCGGGUUCCUAAAAGAAGGACUGCAGCUGAUUAUUACGAAGUAGUAACAACACCGAUAGAUUUAUUGAAAAUUCAACAGAAACUUAAAAUGGAAGAAUACGAAGAUAUAGAACAAUUAACGACAGAUGUAGAAUUAUUGAUCAAUAACGCUAAAGCUUAUUAUAAGAAAAACACCCCAGAAUCCAAUGAUGCUAUAGCAUUAUUAGAGUUGUACCAGAAAACGAAGAAUGAACUACUGUCAAAUGCAUUCGGCGAUGAGAAAACGGAAGAGAAGAAACCAGAAGAAGUGAUGGAGGAAGAUGGCGACGAUGAUGAAGAUAAUUUAAAUGACAGUAAAAUAGACGAUGAGAAACCAGAUGAUGAAGGUAGCGUAGCGGAUCCAGACGAAUUAGAAGCAUUAUUUGGUUCGGUUGUAACGGCUAGAGAUGAUGAAAGAGACAUCAGUUUAAUAUUUCAACUUCUUCCACCUAAAACGAGAUAUCCCGAUUAUUAUGAUGUUAUUAAAGACCCGAUUGAUUUACGGACCAUCGCCCAGAAAAUACAGAACAAUGAAUAUAAAACUCUGGCUACAUUACAACAAGAUUUACUUCUCAUGUUGAAAAACGCAAAAACAUUUAAUACGCCAAAAUCACAAAUAUAUAAGGAUGCUAUGACAUUAAGGAAGGUAAUUAUCACAAAACGUCAAGAACUGGAUCAUAAAAGACAGACGGCCAAACCACCAACUGAGAGGUUGAAUCUUCGAUACGAGAGAGCUACACGAGAGAAAUGUCCAAUACAGAAGAUGUCUGCUAUUUGUGCUGCGUUGACUUACCCAUCUGAUGACGAGAGCGAUACAACAGAGGUUAACACAUCUCAAAUAGAUUACGAUUCAGAAGCGGAUACAACUGUAUCUGAAGAUGAAAAUCCACAAUGGGCGUUGUAUAACACGAUUCGUAACUAUCAAACACCAGACGGAGAUUUAUCUCUUCCAUUCCUUAAAUUACCAAAUAAACGAAUUUAUCGAGAUUAUUAUGAAGAAAUAAAACGACCAAUUUCACUUUUCCAGAUACGUAAAAAAUUAAAGAAUCGACUGUACAAUAGUUUAAGUGAACUGGCAUCUGAUAUGAAUUUAAUGUUUGAAAAUGCUAAAAGAUACAACAUGGCCCAGUCUAGACUUUAUAAAGAUGCUGUUAUUCUACAGAAGGCCAUGAUGGAGAGAAAACGGGAAUUAGACAAGUUUGAUGUCAAGGAUAUGUUAAAUGAAGAAUUUGAUUCUCCCAGGAGAUUAGAGAGAGAUUGGGAUGAAGACAGCUCAUCCAGUAAAAAACAUCGUAAAAGUAUGGGAGGAAUGUCCGGCGAGAAAAAGAAAAGGAGUCCGGAAGAAAUAUUACGUCGCCGUCUGAAUACACUGUUUAAGACCGUGUAUGAAUACACUACACAGAGAGUAGGAGGCAUGAAAUCACUAGAAAACAAUGAUGUAAAUGGGCGUUUGUUACGAGGAAUAUUUCAGAUUUUACCAUCUAAGAAAGAUUACCCAGACUAUUAUAAGGUCAUCAUGGAACCCAUUGAUCUGUCCAUGAUAGAAAACAAGAUCAAAUCAGAAAAGUAUACAACUGAGCAGGCUUUGAUCAAUGAUUUUGAGUUGAUGUUUAAUAACGCCAGACAUUAUAACGAGGAGGGUUCCAUGGUUUAUCAAGAUGCUAAUACUUUAGAACGCGUUUUAAAAGCUAAAAUACGAUCCAUGACCCCGUUAACAGGUACACCAAAAUCAGGACAAGGAAAAGGGAAACCAAAGAAUCGUUCAUUUUCACCCCUGGAUCAGAAAUUACAAGAAUUAUACGACACAGUUCGAGAUGCUACAGAUAAAUCUGGUAGAGAAUUAGCCGCUCCAUUUAUUAAAUUACCACUGAAAUGUGAUUAUCCUGAUUAUUACGAGGUUAUCAAGAAGCCAAUAGAUUUACAACGAAUCCAGCAGAAACUGAUAACUCACAGUUAUUAUUCACUAGAAGAUAUGGUGGCCGAUUACGUUCAGAUGUUCGAUAAUGCGUGUAAAUAUAAUGAACCUGAUUCACUCAUAUACAAGGAUGCGUUGACGUUACAGCGUAUAUGUCUAGAGAAGAAAUUAGAAUUAACAGCUGAAUGUGGUGAUGAUGUACCUGAUGUUAAAGCUGUUAUACAAGAAAUAAUGACCAAUCUAUUUAUAUCUGUUUAUAACUCACAGGAUGAAGAAGGUCGUUGCUAUAGCGAUAGUUUUGCAGAAUUACUAGAUCGUGUAGAUGAAGAUAAAUCGGAAGAGAGACCAUUAACGUUUCACCAAAUCAAAGGGAAUUUAGACAGGGGUCGGUAUAAAAGGGUUGAUAGAUUUCAAGAAGAUAUGUUUAAAGUUUUUGAUCGAGCAAGAAAACUGAGCCGUACAGAUUCACAGUUAUAUGAAGAUGCUGUCGAGAUGCAGAUGAUAUUCAUCAAGAUACGAGAUGAACUGUGUAAAAACGGAGAAAUGUUACUGACACCAGCUUUAAGCUUUAUGGAGCGCCAUCUACAGUUACAACUGGAAGCGGAGAAAAAGAUUAAAAUCCCGCUAGAGCAGAAAGAAGAUGAAGAGAAGAAGAGAUUACAAGAUAGCGAAGAAAAGGAGGAUGAUACACAAAAGCUUGAACCAUCAGAUGAAGUAAAUGAAGAAGGUGUCAAGUUUAAAGAUACUGUUUAUUAUCUGGGGGAUUUCGUCUACGUUGAACCGAGAGAACAUGGAUUAGAACCACAUAUUCUGUGUAUAGAGAAGUUUGUUAAAGAUGGUAAUAACAUACAGAUGAUACAAGGUAACUGGUUUUAUAGACCUGGUGAAACAUAUCAUCUACAGACUCGGAAAUUCCUAGAAAAGGAAGUAUUUAAGAGUGACAUCGUUACAACGAUAGCCAUGAGCCAGAUCUGGGGUAAAUGUCACGUUAUGUUUGUUAAAGAUUAUUUCAAGUUUAAACCCAUGGUUAUGACAGAUAAAGAUGUUUAUGUUUGUGAAUCUCGAUACAGUAACAGACAUCGGGCUUUUAAAAAAAUAAAGAAUUGGUCUGUACCCAAGAAUGAACAUAUGAAGAUAGUUCCCCGUGAUGAACCAUUGACACCAGUUCGUGUGGAAUCAGUUUUUGCUGAUAAAGCAGGUAGCGAGGGUAAAGAUUUCGAUGACGGAGAAACUAGCGUAUUGGAUAAAAAGAGAGAGAUUGUGUUUGCUGAAGUUGUUGUGGAGGAUGGUAAUACAUAUUAUGAACAAUACAUAACAGACAGUGGAGCUUGUUAUAAAUUAGGUGAUUCUGUUUAUAUUAAUGGUGGUAAAGAUAAACCUAUGAUAGCAAGAAUUGAUAAAUUAUUUAGUAGUCCAGAGGGGAUGUAUUACUUCAGUGGUCCGUGGUUUGUUCGGCCAGAAGAGAUCCAACAUUCGCCAACGCGUCUGUUCUAUAAACGAGAAGUAUUUCUCAGUUCUAUUGACGAUACGAACCCCAUGCAGAGUAUCAUCGCUAAAUGUUCCGUCUUACAUAUCAAAGAAUAUUGUUCUAGUCGUAUAACAGAAGUAUCCGAGAAUGAUGUCUAUAUAACAGAAUCAAAAUAUCUCGAAGGUGAAAGAUCAAUUAAAAAACUUGGCAAGGGUUUAAAGAGAUAUUCGUUAUCACCGAAAGUAACAGAUGAUGAAAUCUAUUUCUUCCGUAAACAGAUCAUGCCACAGAAGGAACCGUCACCAUUGUUAAUAAAGGCUUCGGAAGAUACAUUUAAUAUCAGCCAAGAUGCGGAGGAUUCCCAGGAUGCUAAAACAGAAACUAUGUCUGUAACGACCAACAUGUCCAUUGAUGAGAAUUCACAGACACCUGUAGAAAAACCUAAAAAGGCCAAGUCUACGGUGCGACGUCAACCAAGUGGUUAUAUUGUUUAUGCCGGUGAAAUACGUAAAAUAAUACAACAAGAACAUCCUGAAGCUAACUUCGGUGACGUCAGUCGAUUAGUUGGAACAAGGUGGAGAGGUUUGACACGUGAAGAAAAGGAAGUGUACGAAGAAAGGGCCAAGGUCAUUGCAGCCGAGCAGGUGGCCAAACAAAAAGAAGCGGACAAGGCCUUUAAUGAUUCAUUUAACAGAUCUCAAAGUCCCUGGUCUGAUAUCGGACAUAUGUCACCUGGAUCGUCUGGACGUCCAAAUACUCCAGGUAGUAAUUUUCAACAAGGAUUCGCACAGCCUCAGUUUGGUGUUUUUCCUGGUUAUGCUCCGUCUCCUGGGUUACCACAAGCAGGUGGUAAUUUUAUGAUGCAAAAUGGCUCAAUGAUGGCCAUGCAAGGAAUGGUAUAUGGUGUGUCUGGCUAUCCUGGACCACGAGGUAUGCCACAACCUGGUCAACGAAUGUUUAUGAAUGCGUCACCACCAGGUGUAGCAGGUAGUCUUCCUCCUAACGGUGCAGGUUUAUCGCCUUGCUCAUAUCCCAUGUUACCACCCAGUCCUAAUUCAUUGACAAACGGCAUGUCGGGAUUACCAGGACAGCCAAUGGUACCACCUCCACCACCCCGACCACCAUCACCUAUAUUUGUCUCUGUACCACCAAGAACACAAAGAUUGUUACAUUCCGAAGCCUAUCUAAAGUAUAUAGAAGGUUUAAAUGCUGAGAGUAGAACAAUCGGCGAUUGGGACAAACAGCUGACAGCUACACCUGAAAAUACGACCAUACCGAACGCGGCACGACUUCCUACACAAUGGUUAUCACAAGGUGCUGGUUACCAUGGUAACGUUACUAAUGCAUUAUGGGCUCUUCGUAAUCACAUGUUGAAAGACACAUUAGCUGUUUCAAGAACCAUACCAUUUGAAGCUCUGUAAAUAGGUUGGAAGCAGAAAAAAUCCUGAAUGCUCCAGAGGAAGUGUUAUUUAUGGAUGUAUUGAUAAACAUACACCAACAUUAAAAAAAUGGUUAUUCCAUUUAUGAUUGGUGUAGUAGUUUAUCUAUGCUCGGGAAAUCAUUGAGUCAAAUGGUCUGUCAUUGAGUCAAAUGGUCUGUUAUUGAGUCAAAUGGGGUGGUGUUGAUUAUAUUUAAAUUCUUGCUUUUAUCAUUUAUAUCUCCAUCAUUUUAAACAUUAUUAUAUAUUUUACAUAAUAUCAUUGUUGUGUAUAUCACUGCCACAAAGUGGGCAUAAAACUCCGCUGACCUUAAUGUAGAUGUUAUUAAAAUAAUUAUAUGUUUACAAUAUAGAUAAAGUACCUAAUUGUAUUUAUAUAAUAAGCCCUGGAUUUUCAAAUUUUUCCGUUUCUUAAAUGUCUUCAUUAGCCCAGUUUGGAGCAGAACAGUAGGAUGUUAAACAGGGCCGUAUUUAGCGGGGGUGCAGGGGGUACAUUGCACCCCCAGAAAAAUAAGGUGCCCCAAAAAAUUGCGCCCCCCCCCCCCUUCCAAAAAAACUAAAAUUAUUUGACAAUCUUUCAAUUAUAAAAUAAUACACUUGAUUAUGAUCACACAGUGGUACUCUUAAGGCACUGAUCAGUCAAUCGGUUUUAAGGGCGCUCACACCUCAAUGGGUUUGUUUGCCCUAAUUGAAACUUUCUUAUAUCACAUACGUGGAGGCUAAGGCGCCCCACCACUCUGCUGCACCCCCACUUUUAAAAUCCUACAUACGGCCCUGAUGUUAAACCCCAUUUCAUUUCAUUUGUUUCAUAAAACUAUAAUUUACUUGGAUCAGUUAAAACAUUAUUUAUGUAUAACAAGAUUUAUGUUUAAACAAGAUUUAACCAAGUGGUUAUCAAGCAUAUAAAACACAAAUUGUAGUUGUUACCAUAAAUAGUGUUUUAAUUGAUUGUGUCCUAAUUAUUAAACGCCAUUCAAAGAAUAAAUACAGGAUAUCUUGUCAAAAUAUAUCAUAACUUUAUCAUUCUAGUGCUACCAACCAUCUCAGACAAGAAAUAUUUCAUUUUUGCUUUAUUUCUAGUGAUCAAUCAUAGAAACUAAUCCGACAAUCUGAUUAAAACACAGAUCCUAUUUCGUUUCAGUUUUUAUAGUUCAAAAUGUGAUGGUUUAGCCAAUGAAACGGUCUGUUACAGCGCGUUCUUGGCGUGCUGUGCAUGAAACUGUGGGUAAACCACUAGAAACGUCAUUGCUGAUUGAUUAAUCAAUGUCUGAUGUCAUAGGGUUAAAAGCCGCUUGUAUGACCCCUGACGCAUUCUCCAACUACAACUGGUCAGAUCUUCAUGUAGUGUAGGCCGUGGAAAGUAAAUAAAAACUAAACAAAAUAUAGAUCUGUAUUUUAAUCAGAUUGCAAAUCGGAGUGUUAUAGAAUUUGAUAUGAGCAGUUGAUUGUGUUAUAUGUGUGCAUUAAGUCUGUAUUAAGGUAUUACUCAUUUUAAAAAACAUUCUCAUAAACAUCUGAAUCAAAGAUCUGUAUAAAAACUGAAAUAAAUAUUUCAAAAUGAA